ACCUAACUUCUUCAUUAUUAACAUUUGAAAAUAAUAUGUUAAGUUUAAGAAAAUUUCGUUUAGAAAAAUUGUUUUCUUGUAUAAAACAUAAUAAUGUAAGAUGUCAAAGUGGAGGAAUUUAUGAACCUAGUUAUUUAGAGGGUAUGAAAUCUAAAAUGCCUUUAUUUGACGCCCUCAAUAUUCAGUUGAAAGGUUAUAAUUUCGAUGUAUUAGAAUAUUAUCAAAAAUUUCUACAUAAUAUGUUGAAAAAUAUGGACAUAAAUGUUGAAGAAUGCUGGGCACUUCCUGCACAAAAAAUGAAAAUUACAACAUUCAAACCAAAAAGUGAAAUUAUUCACAACCAAUACGAUCUUAAAAUCUACGAAAGAAUUGUGCAAAUGACAGAUAUUUCAACAACACAGCUUCCUCUAGUUAUAAGAGCAAUAGAAGCAAGUCUGCCAGCUGGUGUGACAGUACAAAUUAGACCACAUGAGGAAUCAGAUGAAGAAGUUAGGUAUGUCCCUGAUGUUGAACUCAAUACCCUUAAAAGUGAACUGGAAGAAAUGGGAGGACCUUCUAAAACUAAAAAGUAGUAAACCACUAACCUAUCUUGUUUUAUGUAAAUAUUAGGAUUAAUGUGAAUAAUAAAUUGAUAAAAAUG